GACCUCCAGUUGUACUGGGGUGAUCCGGUACUCCUAUCCUCCUCCUUUCUGUCCUUCUCCUUCCCGAGGAGGUUUUUAUUCCUCCUCUCUUGUACUCCCUCUCUUUUUUGGAUCCCCCGAUGCCUAAACUCUCAUUAUCAUCUUUUCCAUCCGUUUGAUCUUCUUUUCUUCCUCAAAAUCUGAAGAUUUUACCAUUCGUGCUGGAGCUUGUCUUUCCUCCUCAUCCACCCUGCUACUCCUCAUCCCUUUUUCCCCUCUACAUCUGGAUCACUGGGUUCUAACAGCUGAUCAACCAAACAACCAACAGGCAAGUCAACUGCAGGGGAAAAAGCCAACCAACAAGAAAGUAUGACAGACAAACCAGGCAUGCCAACGGGUGGUGGAGAUGAUGCGGGAGGCAUCAUGGCGCUGCUGGAGCGUGUGGCAGGCCUCAUGGACAGCGUCCAGACCACGCAGCAGCGCAUGGAAGAGCGUCAGCUGGAGCUGGAGAACACGGUAAAGACCAUUCAGACAGACAUCAUCAAGCUGACUAGCAACCACGCCACCACCAGUUCCACCGUUGACCGGUUGCUAGAGAAGACACGCAAGGUCAGCCGCCACAUCAAGGAUGUCAGGGUCCGUGUGGAGAACCAGAACAUCAGGGUGAAGAAGGUGGAGGCAACUCAGGGUGACCUCCUGGCCAAGAACAAGUUCAGGGUGGUCAUUUAUCAGGGUGACCAGGAGUUGAAGGCCAUCACACCAGGCAAUGAGCCAGCAGAACCUAGUGGCAGCUCCACCGCCAGAGCUGAGGUGGAACCGGACAAGUUUGAGCUCCCUCCAGAGUCAGAUGAAGAGUAUAUGGUGGUGGAGGAGGCAGACUCCGCAGCGGCCGGCCGCUUGAAGAAGACGGGGCUGACGCGCAUCGAGAGCUUCAAAGCCACCUUCUCCAAGGAGAACAUGACCAAGACCCGCGAGAACCUGGGCACCAAGGUGAACAAGUUUGGUGAGCGCAUCGUGACGGCCGAGAGGCGUGAGAAGAUCCGCCAGUCUGGUGAGAGGCUGAAGCAGUCGGGCGAGAGGCUGAAGGAGACCAUCACCAAGAGUGUCCCGGCCAAGCUCAACCUGAAGAAGGAGAGGACUGUGGCAGAGGGCCAGGAAGGAGCUGAGGGUGCCACGGAGGGAGCUGCGCCCGUCCCUCCUCCCAAGGGUCGCAAGGGCAGCCCAGAUGCCGCUGAGGCAGCUGAUGAUGAGGGUAAGGCGGAGGAGUCUGAGGUGCCGAUGUACGACAUGAAGCAGCUGUCCUAAACCGUGACACAGUGACAAGAUCUGCACCGUUUUCUUUGGACCACUGAGACCGCAUAGAGGGAGUGAGAGAAAGUUUUAGGUUGCUGGUAAUAAGCAGAGCUGUAAGAGCACCAAUAAUGAAGAAAAACAUUUGUUUGAAUGUUGUUGAAGGAAGUGAGCAGAGAACAGGCCGGUCACAGAUCCAAUCUGACUGAACAUUUAGACAACAAGCAAACAGAGCCCUGAAAUCACUGAGGUCAUUUCACAUGCUGUCGAGUCUGUUCUGGACAUUUAUUAUCAAAUCAGCAAAUAUACAUAUGGUCUUUUGUUUUGUGUUCAAUAAACACUGACUUUGGGAAAUUAAAGAACAAAGUGUUCAGAACUUUUCCGAUCAUCACGCCACUGCUGUUCACUUGUUUUUGCAUGUUAAUGAGGUUGAAAUGUUGGAUGUUAAAGCUGUAACAGGGUUAUAGUACAUUUGGUAAUGUAGAAGGGAAAAAAGAGAUUAAGAGUAUUAAUGCUCAGUAGAGGUGAAAUAAUUUAAGUUAAAAGGUGAAAAACUCUGUCGCUGAAGAUCAUCUUGAAUAAACUGGACUUAACAGUGAGAAUAAACAAGUGUGUGUUUGGAGGCAGUGAUCAGGAUGGAGGCUGUUUGUUUCUGUAGAGGUCUUCACAUGUCCAAAGGUUUGGACGCUCUCAGAUUCAAGUCCUGGGUUGGGUCUUGGUCACUAGAGGACCUGUAAAGACCUCUAGUUUAUGUAAGUGGAAAAUGUAUCAACAACUUUGAUAGUUCUGCCAGCUAAGAGCAGAUUUUAAGUCCAGGUAAAGCAAAAAUAAAUGUGAGUUUGUCACACCACAGAAAAAUGUGUCAUUAACCACCCAGCCAAAUUUGAAUGAUUAAAAAAUCGCAAGUGUAUAAUAAUAGGUUUUGAAAUCGUAGCUACACGCAGCUACAGACUCUCCUUAGCAGCUAACCCAGUAGCCUAUCACAGUAACAUACACACCCGAGCUUCAGAAAAAGCCACCGCAGAGCUACAGUGUCUUAUUAGCAGCUAACCCAGUAGAAUAAAGCUACACACAACCCCGGGCUUAAGAACGAGCCGUCACACAGCUACAGACUCUCUUUAGCAGCUAACCCAGUAGCACAAUGCUACACACACCCCUGAGCUGAAGAAUGAGUUGCCACACAGCUACAGACUCCUGUUAGCGGCUAACUCAGUGGCAUAAGGCUACACACACCCCGGAGCUAAAGAACAAGCCACUGUGCAGCACCAGUCUCUUGUUAGCGGCUAACUCAGUAACACCAAACUACACACACCCCGGAGCUAAAGAAUGAGCCACCUAGCAGUGACAGACUCUUUUGGCACCUAACUCAGUCACACACACAGUCUGAUAGCACAGCACACACACCCUGAGUCAAAGAGCUAAUGCCAGUGCACAAUGACAGCCUCUUGUUCAGCAGCUAACAGCAGCUAAUGUUAGCACAAGGCUCACACCCACAGGAGCGAGCAGUAACUGUAGCUGAUUUAGUCUGAGAGACUGAAAGGUUUGUUAGUGACAGCUGUUCAGCUUGUGUAUGACUCUGGCAUUUAACAGAGAUGUUUAUUCAUGUAUUUAUUGGACUGAAAGAGCUCAGAGAGCUUGUGGGAUGUAGCAAACUCACCAGGGGGCAAACGAAACAACACUGAUAAUAUGACCUCUAAUGUCGGCAGUAAAGUAGUAUUUAUAUAGUAGGGGAGAGUUAUGUUCAGGAUGCCUCCAGUGUGUCAUCGAGCAGGCUCUUAGGCCCACUCAAACAAUUCUGGACACAGAAAUGAUGAUAAACAGUUUAACUACACAGCUCAGUCUUUUCACAUUUUCAACAAGUAUUUUCUAACAUGUGUAAUGUAUUUUGAAAGAAAUCACUUUAUCCAGACUUUAAAGUGAGUAAGACCUUAAGAGCUGUGUUUAACAGAAUUCUUACUGAUACAGAAAAGUAAAACAGUAAACACGCAGAUCCCUGAAAGCGGUUAAAAAUAAAAAACAAACAAAAAAAACCUUUUCCUUUACCAUUAAGUCUUUACCACAUUUACAUCAGUAAAAUACUUCAUGGCAUGACAGGGUCAUGGAAGUCCAGGUUUAAAAGCCUUUAAUAAUUGAUUGAUUAAUAAACAUCUAAAUAAUGGAUUAAAGCUCAAGUGUGUAGGAUUUAGGGGGACAUAUUGGCAGAAAUGGGAUAUAAUAUAAUCAGUGUGUUUUCUUUAGGGUAUAAUCACCUGAAAAUAAGAAUCAUUCAUUACCUUAGAAUGAGCUAGAAUAGAAUAGCUACAAAGGGAACAAGUCUUUGUCUACAGACAUCACCAUGUUGCACCGCCAUGUUUCUACAGUAGCCCAGAACAAACAAACCAAACACUGGCUCUAGAUAGGGACAUUUGGGUUUUUGUGUCGGCCACUGUAGUUCUCCUACACGCUUGGCACACAGUAGAAGUUUCAGUUCUGCAACCUCACAGUUAGAUACCACUAAAUCCUACACACUGGACCUUUAAGUCAUAUAUAAAAUGUGUACUGUAUAAAGUUUUAGUGUGCUAGUGUUACACAUGUGUGAAAUCGGUCUUGUCGCUAUAGCAUUAAGCUAGUGACUGGCAAAAUAUUUCCCACCGGGAAAAAUUACCUUGGAGAUAAGAUUUAUUUCGGUGGAAAUUAACUUUUUGUGUAAACAGGAAAAAAAAUUUUCCCUCCCCAUUUCAAUUUCCCCUUGUAUUUUAAAGUUAAUUUUAGAGCCUCAGACUGGCUUUGUAUUUUACAUAGCUAACGUUUCAACAUUAACACUUUGGCACAUCAAGCUGAAAAAAUAAAGCUGUUGUCUUAUGAGGUUUUCAACACUGUUGCUGAUGUUUAUCCUGUAAGCAAACCUUGUAACUCUAAUGUUCUGACUGUCAGUAUUUUGACAGUAUUGUUAGCGUUGUUAGGGUUUGUUACUGAGUGACUGCAUGGCUGUAGUUUGUCAGAGGUAUCACAUUAAAGCAGGUUUGUGUUUGAUUGUCAUGUUGAGAAAAUAAAAGUUCACUUGAGUCAUUUCUGUAAAGUGAAGUCCACUCUUCAAUAAUCCCACAGAAUUUAAAAUUGAUUUUCACAAACUUGUAAAAAAUAUACCAAUUAUGAUGAGCAGUGCUUUUAAGUAAAGAAACAACAUGCAGAUGUUGAGGUUUCCACACUUGAUUCUUCUGAAUAUAAUAAGUUUUUCUUCUCUUGUUUAGAUUUUUAUUAACUUUGGUUUUCUCGCUAGAUCUCUGUUGAUAAAUUCUUCAAAAUGAAUUUCAAUUAAGAAACAAGCAUCACUGAUUUACCUCACCAGUGAAUUAGUUUUUUAGGGAUUUGUUCCUCAGUCUUCACAUCUCUAACAGCACCCUGAACAUAAACACAACAGAGAAGCUGCACAUUCUUUAACUUCAGAGAUAAAUCCCCUAUAAAAAUUUAUUUGAAUGUGAUUCAAAGCCAGAUUCCAUUGAGAAACAGUGAUUUA